CCGUUGUCCAGCCUGAUGCCCUGAUGCCCGAUGACCCGAUCCAGCCAGAUGACUCAGUGCCCGCUGUCGAGCUUGGUGACCCGGUGCCCGCGGUUCUGCUAGAUGACUCGUUGCCCGCUGUCGUGCCAGAUGACUCGUUGCCCGCUGUCGUGCCAGAUGACUCAUUGCCUGCUGUUUUGCCAGAUGACUCGUUGCCCGCUGUUGAGCUUGGUGACUCGUUGCCCGCUGUUCUGCCAGAUGACUCGGUGUCCGCUGUUCUGCCAGAUGACUUGUUGCCCGCUGAUAAGCUUGAUGACUCGGUGCCCGCUGUCGUGCCAGAUGACUCGGUGCCCGCUGACUUGCCAGAUGGCUCGGUGCCCGCUGACUUGCCUGGUGACUCGGUGCCCGCUGUCGUGCCAGAUGAC